AAAAUGAAGGAUAACUCUCCGGCUCUUACCGGACCAAAGGUCCUUCCGAGGUUCCUGCUGCCAUUGACUUCUUUUGCCGACCGCCUCCUGCUUGUUGACACUUCUGCCCUGCUCGGGUUUACUGGAACACGCUGGGCAACUCAUCAGCCAGCCUGAGGAGCGCCUCCCUCUCCCCUUUCUCCGAUUGAAGGAUCUGUUACCCACGGAGAAGUGAGGUGAAGAGCUCCCAUUCUUCCUUCUCAUGGCGAAACGCCAGACUGAGAGCGUCCCGCUCUCCAAAUUUGGCGUUCUUGUCGCGCAACUGGAGUCUAUCGUCGCUUCUGCUCCUCAACAAUCUCCGGACCCGCUUCUCUGCUUCGAUCUGCUCUCCGCGCUAGUAGACGCCAUCGACGGAGAGUCCCAGGAGAAGAUUGUGCAGUGGCAACGGAAGUGCGAAGAUGCCUUGUUUUCCUUGCUUGUUCUGGGUGCUAGGCGUCCCAUCAGACGUCUUGCUUCGUUAGCCAUGGUGAGGGUAAUUGGAAAAGGUGACGGAAUUUCCAUAUAUUCAAGAGCAAGCAGUCUCCAAGGAUGGCUUGCUGAUUGCAAACGGAGUGAACCCCUUUCCUGCGCUGGUCUAGCACAAUGCUUGGGGGAGUUAUAUCACUAUUUUGGUCGAAAGAUUACUUCAGGGUUGACUGAAACAGCCAAUAUUGCUGCAAAACUACUGAAGUUCCACGAGGAUUUUGUACGGCAAGAUGCUUUGAGAAUGCUUGAGAGUGCACUUGAAGGUUCAGGUUCUGGUGGUGCAUCUGCUGCUUACUCAGAAUCCUUCAGGAUCAUCAUGCGAUUUGGUGUGAGUGAUAAGGCAUUCAUUGUCAGGCUUGCUGCAGCAAGAUGCUUGAAAACUUUUGCUAGCAUAGGUGGUCCUGGUCUAUUAUCUACCGAGAUUGAAAAUUCAAUGUCACAUUGUGUCAAGGGUCUUGAGGAUUCCGUCUCAUCUGUUAGGGAUGCAUUUGCGGAGGCUUUAGGUGCAUUGCUUGCUCUUGCAAUAAAUCUGGUUGCACAGGUUAAUAAAAAGGGAAAAGAUCACCCUGUUCCAGCAAAGAAAUUGGAGGAUAGUUUGCAAAAAUAUUUGAUGUCACCAUUCAUUCGAGCAACUGGAGUGAGAUCUAAGGAUCUUCGAAUUGGGUUGAGUUUAUCAUGGGUAUUCUUUCUUCAGUUCAUCCAUCUCAAGUAUGAGCUUCCUGACGAAGAACUUGAAAACUAUGCUGUACAUGCUAUUGACAUGCUUCAAGGAAAUGCUUCUACGGAUGCUCAUGCACUGGCAUGUGUUCUUUAUAUUCUACGAGUUGGUGCAGCUGACCAAAUGACAGAGGCUACACAGAGGAGUUUUUUAGUUCAUUUGGCUCGGAAGCUUGAGUCUGCGGACUUCUAUCCAUCAGCUGGAGUUGCUACACUUCGAAUCCUCUCAUAUCUUUUAACAGCAUUGGGAGAGGUUCCAGGUGAAUUUAAAGACAUUUUUGAUAACACAGUUGUUGCUGCUCUGUCUCAUUCUUCAGUACAUGUACGCAUAGAAGCAGCUUUGACAUUGCGUGCGUUGGCUGAGGUUGAUCCUACUUCUGUUGGAGGUCUUAUUUCUUAUGGUGUUACUACAUUAUAUGCUUUGAGAGAAAGUGCUGCUAAUGGAAAGGGGAACCAGUUAAAUAAUGAGCUGUUCUCAUUGCACGGGCAAGCAACUUUUAUAGCAGCACUUAUUUCCAUAUCACCGAAGCUGCCACUCGGUUAUCCUUCCAGGAUGCCAAAGGCUAUAUUUGAAGUAUCGAAGAAGAUGCUAACUGAAUUUAGUUGGAAACCUACUGCUGCAACUGUGGAAAUGGAAGCAGGAUGGCUGCUCUUGGCAUCCCUUGUUUCUUCUAUGCCCAAAGAGGAACUUGAAGACCAAGUUUUUGAUGUUCUUUUGCUGUGGGCUGACCCUUUUGUAGGAGGAUCUGAUAGCAGAACCCGAAAAUCACAAGAUUUGAUGUCCGAUUUAUGGGUCUUAUCUGCUGCAAUUGAGGCACUUGAUGCAUUUAUUAGAAGUUUUGUUUCCUCCACUACGACAGUUGGCGGUGAUUGGAUUUUGCUUCAGCCUGUGUUAGCAUACCUUGGCGGAGCUCUGUCCCACCUAUCAUCCUUAGCAGCCAAAGAUUUACCAAAUUUGAGGCCCGUGGUAGAUCUAUUCACCAUCAGAAUACUAAAGGCUUAUCAAUCUGUUUCCGACCCAAUGGCGUUUAAGAGUGAGCAUCCUCAGAUUUUACAAAUAUGCACAACUCCGUUCAGUGAUCCUUCCGUAUGUGAAGAAAGCUCAUGCUUGAAGUUCUUAUUAGACAAACGAGAUGCAUGUUUGGGUCCUUGGAUCCCGGGAAGGGAUAGUUUUGAAGAUGAACUUCGAUCUUUUGAUGGCUGUAAGGAUGGCCUUUUGCCAUGCGUGUGGGAAGAGGAACUUGCUAGUUUUCCACAGCCAUAUUCCAUAAGCAAAUUGUUGGUCAAUCAGAUGCUCUUGUGCCUUGGUAUUAUCUUUUCUAGUCAGGAUGAUGGUGGAAAGGCCUUGCUUCUCGCAAAAAUUGACUAUUGCCUGAAGACUGGAAAGAAGCAGUUUUGGUAUUUGACCACUAUUAAUAAUGCAUGUGUUGCCCUCCUGGCUGCUUUGAAGGCAAUGCUCGGUGCACGAGUUCAAAGUAGUGGGCUUGAGAUUUUAAGUUCCAUUCAAUCAAUCUUUUUGGACAUUUUGGCAGAAGGUGAGAUCACUUCAGCCCAGCGGAGAGCAUGUGCAGAAGGACUUGGCCUGUUAGCUCGCCUUGGGGGUGACAUCUUCACAGCUAGGAUGGCAAAGAGUCUACUUGGGGAACUAGUAUCACCACCAACCGAUUCAAACUAUAUUGGUUCUAUAGCAUUGUCAUUGGGUUGCAUCUAUCGCAGUGUAGGAGGAAUGGCUCUAUCUUCUUUGGUGCCAGCAACAGUGAACUUAGUUUCUUCACUUGCUAGGAGUUCAAAUGCGACUCUUCAGUUAUGGUCAUUACAUGCACUGCUUUUAACCAUUGAAGCUGCCGGUUUAUCAUUUGUUUCCCAAGUACAGGCAACACUCCUCCUUGUUAUGGAAAUUCUACUAGGUGAAGAGAAUGGGCUUGUGGAACUUCGACAAGAGAUAGGGCGCAUUGUGAAUGCUGUUGUGGCUGUUCUUGGUCCUGAGCUUGCUCCUGGCAGCACUUUUUUCUCACGCUGCAAGUCUGUUAUUUCAGAAAUAAGCUCUUGCUCAGAGAUAUCAACUCUUUUUGAGUCCGUACGAUUCACACAACAACUUGUACUUUUUGCACCACAAGCUGUUUCAAUUCACUCUCAUGUUCAGUCUCUGCUACCAACGCUAUCCUCAAGACAGCCAAGUCUUAGGUAUCUUGCUGUGUCUACUCUCCAUCAUCUUCUUGAAAAAUAUCCUGUAAGCAUUUUUUUAUUAUUUUUGCCUGAACUCAUCUUCUUUCGCUUAUUUUCCUCCUUGUGA